UUUCAAAACUCACAUUGGAUUUUGAACCGCUAGAACCAUGAGCAACUACAGCGUGUCCUUGGUUGGCCCAGCUCCUUGGGGUUUCCGGCUGCAAGGUGGCAAGGAUUUCAACAUGCCUCUGACAAUCUCUAGUUUGAAAGAUGGUGGCAAGGCAUCCCAAGCACAUGUAAGAAUAGGUGAUGUGGUUCUCAGCAUUGAUGGAAUAAGUGCACAAGGAAUGACUCAUCUUGAAGCCCAGAACAAGAUUAAAGGCUGUACAGGCUCUUUGAAUAUGACUCUGCAAAGAGCAUCUGUUGCAUCUAAACCUGAGCCAGUUCCUGUUCAAAAGGGAGAACCUAAAGAAGUAGUUAAGCCUGUGCCCAUUACAUCUCCUGCUGUGUCCAAAGUCACUUCCACUGCCAACAUGCCCUACAAUAAGGCACCACGACCCUUUGGUUCUGUUUCUUCACCCAAAGUCACAUCCAUCCCAUCACCAUCGACUGCCUUCACCCCAGCCCAUGUGACCACUUCAUCACACGCCUUCCCUCCAUCCGCUGCUGCUGUCACUCCUCCCCCACUCGUUACAUCUGGACUGCAUGCUAGUGCCAAUUUUAGUGCUGACCAGCAUUCAUCUGCAUUGAGUGCUGGUCCAACUGCAGUUACUGUCCCACGGCAGCCCACAGUCACCAGCGUGUGUUCCGAGACUGCUCAGGGGAGGCUAGCGGAGGGACAGAGUAGAGGAUCCCAGGGUGACAGUAAACAGCAAAAUGGGGGUAGUAACCCUGGUACCAUGAAAAUCCCUCUAAACGCCCACCCAAGGAAGCACAUUGUCGAGCGCAAUACAGAGUUUUAUCACAUACCAACUCACAGCGAUGCCAGCAAAAAGAGACUGAUUGAGGAUACUGAGGAUUGGCAUCCGAGAACUGGAACAACACAAUCUCGAUCUUUUCGAACUCUUGCUCAAAUUACGGGGACUGAACAUUUGAAAGAAUCUGAAACUGACAAUAUGAAGAAGACAAACAGCUCCCAGGAGCCAUCUCAGCAGUUAACCCCAGCAGUGACCUCUACUCGGAGCAUUCCAGAGAAGUCAGAGAGCCCAUCCUCGGCCAGACCAGGGGUGGCAGGUCUCACCACUGCUGCUGCCUUCAAACCUCUGAGUUCCACCAAUGUUAUCAAAUCACCAAGCUGGCAGCCACCAAGCUCAGCAGCACCAUCCACAGCGAGGAUUUCCAACAAAAUGCCUUCAGCAGGCGCAGCUGUCCCUACCAGCUCAGUCGUGGGGCCACCCCAGCCCAGUGAGCAGGAUACUUUGGUGCAAAGGGCUGAGCACAUCCCUGCAGGAAAACGUACACCCAUGUGUGCCCACUGCAACCAAGUUAUCAGGGGACCAUUUCUAGUGGCACUGGGCAAGUCUUGGCAUCCAGAAGAGUUUAACUGUUCUCACUGCAAACAUACUAUGGCCUACAUUGGAUUUGUAGAGGAAAAAGGAUCUCUGUACUGUGAACUGUGCUAUGAGAAAUUCUUUGCUCCCGAAUGUGGUCGAUGCCAAAGGAAGAUCCUUGGAGAAGUCAUCAAUGCGUUGAAACAAACCUGGCAUGUUUCCUGUUUUGUGUGUGUGGCAUGUGGAAAGCCCAUUCGCAAUAAUGUUUUUCACUUGGAAGAUGGGGAACCUUACUGUGAGACUGAUUAUUAUGCUCUCUUUGGCACUAUAUGCCGUGGAUGUGAAUUUCCCAUAGAAGCUGGCGACAUGUUCCUAGAGGCUCUUGGCUUCACCUGGCACGACACUUGUUUUGUGUGCUCAGUAUGUUCUGAAAGUUUGGAAGGCCAGACCUUUUUCUCCAAGAAGGACAAGCCACUUUGUAAGAAACAUGCUCAUUCUCUGAAUGUUUAAUGUCAUCAGUUCCAGAGAAGAGAAGAAAUUUGAAGAGGAAAAGAGAAUCAAAAAUACCAAUUACUUUUUAGAUAUAAUAUUUAUAUAAAGUUUUGAGAAAUAAUAGUGCCUUUGAAGGGAUGAAUUCCUGCUUUAAAAUCAAGUCUAUGAGUAAAUAUUUGGCCUCACAAAGUAGAGACACUUUAGCAUUUAUUAUUACUUUUUUCUGUUUUCCUGCCUCUAAGGUAACUAUUUUUUUCUCGAUUUCCUGGUUGACUCUUAAAUUCAUGUUAGAAUAAAUUAUGGUAUAACUAAAUUUUAAAUGAAAAACUCAACUUUAUGGUGAAAUGAUUUACUUUUCUUUUAUUAUAAUAGUAAAUCUACAAGACAAUGAAAAUGCCUUAACUUCAUUUGUUGUCAAUAAGUGAAGCAUUGCAUUUUUAAAGUUGUAUUUUUCUGUAAAGCAGUAAAUAAGAUUCAAAAUGGAAUGUUACUGGUAGUUGGUAUCAGUUUUUGUAAAACUGUGUGUACAUUUUUCACCUUUAUCUUUCUAGUAAAAAAAAAAAAAACCAAU